CCACGCGCAGACUUAAGCRGACCUGACGGUGGGCUUGCACUGCACGUUGAUGCUGGGACUUAUUAGCGGCUAGCUACUGAUUUUUAUUUGUUUUCCUUUGGCGCUUUUUGUUUUUUCCUCAAGGUUCGGAAAAUGUCUGUGACUGAAAUGUUCAGCUACAUCCAGGGCUUCUUGAGCGCCGACCAGGACGUGAGAGAGGAUAUUCGUAAGGUGGUCCAGAAUUUGGAGCAGACAGCCAGGGAAAUCCUUACGGUGCUUCAAAGUGUUCACCAGCCGUCUGGGUUCAAAGAGAUUCCCAGUAAAUGUGCCAGGGCACGGGAGUUGUUCUGCACUGUAAGGACGCACAUGGCUGAGCUCAAAACCAAAUUUCCUGCUGAGCAGUAUUACAGGUUCCAUGAACACUGGCGGUUUGUCCUGCAGCGUUUGGUCUUCUUGGCGGCCUUUGUUGUCUACCUGGAAAGUGAAGCCCUCGUCACGCGGGAGGAGGUGGCUCAGAUACUUGGAAUUGAAGUUGUGCGAGAGAAGGGCUUUCACCUGGAUGUUGAAGAUUUCCUGGCAGGAGUGCUGAUAAUGGCCAGUGAACUGUCGCGGUUGGCGGUGAACAGCGUCACAGCGGGAGACUACAACCGGCCGCUCCGCAUCUCGAACUUCAUCAACGAGCUGGACUCGGGCUUCCGCCUGCUCAACCUGAAGAACGACCCGCUGAGGAAGCGCUACGACGGCCUGAAGUACGACGUGAAGAAGAUCGAAGAGGUGGUCUACGACCUGUCCAUCCGUGGCCUGGCGAAGGAGCCAGAGUCCGGCGGAGACAAGUAGAACGAGGAGCGUCGUUGGUUUGCUGUUGGAGCAGGAAGGAGGGUGGAGGUGUGUUGGCAGCUGCUUCCUGCUGCGGGACCUUCUGCAUGAUUGCCGCAGGUUGGGUUGGAGACUUGGAGAUCUGGAAAGUCGGAGAUCCGGGGAUCUGCCCGAGGUCCCCAGCAGCACGAUGGUGUAUCUGUGUAUGCGUGCGAGUGUUUCAGCAUGUAUUUGUGCAAAUGCAUGCGGGAGCGGUGGUUCAGAAGGAUGUCGGUCUGUCAGAAAGGCAGCAGAGGCAGUAAAAGGAUCUCUGCAUUCUCCAUUCAGAAGUUUAAGAUUAAAGGUUCUGUUUGUUGCAAGUUUUGGAAACGUGUUCCUGUGUUACAGCGUCAUUGUAUUUCACCGUUCAUUUGAAUUUGCAGCAUGGCCCUGUUUGGGAAGACUGUCAGAUAUUUUUUGAGUGUUUCAAUCUUUUCUCUUUUUUUAUGUCAUGUUCUAUUUCGCUUGCUAAAAUGUUAAAUUUGUAUUUAAAAAAUGAAAAAAAAAGCUGUUCACGAGGUGAUUUAAUCAGUUGGAGUCUCCAUAAGGUUCAAAAGCUACAAGUUUAAAUCUUAGGGUCCACUAAGACAGUCAACUAUCUUGUCAGAAUUUUUUUUUUUAGUUCAAAUUCUGAUUGUUGGUUUGUACUUUUUAUGAGACUCAAGGAGUGAAAAGCCAAAGAAACGACAGUGUUGCACUUCACUGUAAAAUAAGAACAAACUGAUUCAUUAAAUGACCUGUAGUUGCAAACCUUUUUGAAACUGUGCCAGUUGACUGUUUAGCCAUUUCGGUUGUGAAAAGUGAAAAAAUGUCUUACAUGGCUUAUGUUUUUUUUUUAAAAUAAAGGUUCAUUUUUUAUUGUUA